CUUUCCCGGCAGCGCCGCGCAAUAGAAGCCCAGCGUUCGUGUGGGAACCACCACUGUUCUCUCUCUGUCUUCUGAUUCGUGAGAGGAUUAGAAUCGGAUUCACUUGAAUGAAUUUCCCUGGGGCAGUUGGAAUUUGGAGUUUGAAGGCAUCCUGAGUGAAAUUCUUUGGUGCCCUGUGGCUGAAUUUGAGCGAGAGGAAGAUGGGAGAAGAAUUUGGUGGCCGGAACCGGAAGCCCAAGAUUCCGGUGGUCGGCCGGAGGAACGUGCUCAUCACCAGCGCCCUCCCUUACGUCAACAACGUCCCCCAUCUCGGGAACAUCAUUGGAUGCGUCCUGAGCGCGGAUGUCUUCGCGAGAUACUGUCGUCUUCGCGGUUACAACACUAUUUACAUUUGCGGGACGGAUGAGUACGGGACGGCCACCGAGACGAAGGCGAUGGAGGAGGGUUGCUCCCCAAAAGAGAUUUGUGACAAGUAUCAUGCAAUCCACAAGGAAAUCUAUGAAUGGUUUGACAUUAAGUUUGAUGAGUUUGGACGUACUUCCAGUCCUAAACAAACUGAUAUUUGCCAGGCAAUAUUCCAUAAGCUAUUGGAAAACAACUGGCUUUCUGAAAACACAAUGCAACAGCUAUAUUGUGACACAUGCAAUCGCUUUUUAGCAGAUAGACUUGUUGAGGGCACAUGCCCUACUCCUGGAUGUGAUUAUGGCGAUGCCAGGGGUGAUCAAUGUGAAAAAUGUGGAAAACUGUUAAAUCCAACUGAGCUUAUAGACCCAAGGUGCAAGGUCUGCAGGACUUCACCCCACAUUCGCGACACCAAACAUUUGUUUUUAGAACUCCCAUUGCUCAAGGACAAAUUGGAAGAAUAUAUCGAUAAUAUGUCAGUUGCUGGAUCUUGGAGCCAAAAUGCAAUUCAGGCCACUUAUGCCUGGUUGAAGGAAGGUCUGAGACCUCGAUGUAUAACCAGGGAUUUGAAAUGGGGAGUACCUGUACCCCUUGAAAAGUUUAAGGAUAAGGUAUUCUAUGUGUGGUUCGAUGCUCCUAUUGGAUAUAUAUCAAUAACAGCAUGCUAUGCUUCAGAAUGGGAGAAGUGGUGGAAGAAUCCUGAAAACGUGGAGUUGUUUCAGUUCAUGGGCAAAGACAAUGUGCCUUUUCACACAGUCAUGUUUCCUUCAACACUUCUAGGGACUGGAGAGCGCUGGACAUUGAUGAAGACAAUCAGUGUAACAGAGUAUUUGAAUUAUGAAGCAGGGAAAUUUUCCAAAAGUAAGGGUAUGGGUGUUUUUGGAAAUGAUGCAAAAAGUACAAAUAUUCCUGUUGAAGUAUGGCGCUAUUACUUGCUAACUAAUCGGCCUGAGGUGUCAGAUACCCUGUUUACAUGGAAAGAUUUGCAGGCGAAACAGAACAGCGAGCUUUUGAAGAAUUUGGGAAACUUCAUUCAUCGAGUCUUGAGCUUCAUUGCCAAACCUUCAGGAGAAGGAUAUGGAUCCAUAGUUCCAGAUGCACCUGAUGCAGACUCACAUAUUCUGACAAAAAGAUUUGGAGAUACUGUUGGUAACUUAGUUGAACAGUAUGUGGAAGCUAUGGAGAAGGUUAAACUGAAACAAGGGCUGAAAAUAGCAAUGGCAAUUUCUGGAGAAGGGAAUGUGUACCUGCAAGAGAGUCAAUUUUGGAAGCUACAUAAGGAGGACAAUGCUUCCUGUUCUAUUAUAAUGAAGACAUCAGUUGGAGUGGUCCAUUUAUUGGCAUCUCUGUUAGAACCUUUCAUGCCCUCCUUCAGCUUUAAGGUACUACAACAACUCAAUUUACCUUUUGAGGCACUGUCAUUUUGUGAUGAGAAAGGAGAUAUAGGCAGGGCUAGGCAGCCUUGGGACAUUCUUCCUGCUGGCCACAAGAUAGGGCAACCAGAGCCAUUAUUUGUUGAAAUGAAAGAUGAGGAAGUAGAUAAAUACAGGCAGAAGUUUGCUGGAAGUCAGGCUGAUAGGAUUGCAAAAGCAGAAUCUGAAGCACAGAAAGCUGCUAAACUGCUGCAGGAAACAACUAUUUCAGAGGAGUCAGCUAUCAAUAAGAAAUCAACAAAGCCUGCAUCAAAAGUAAAAGCCAAAGAACCUGAUGUUUCUAUUACACAACUUGAUAUCCGUGUUGGUCUUAUCACUAAGGUUCAGAAGCAUCCAGAUGCUGAUUCAUUGUAUGUUGAGGAGAUAGAUGUAGGCGAAGCAUCUCCCCGAACUGUUGUUAGCGGCCUUGUCAAGUACAUCCCUCUGAAGGAUAUGCAGAAUCGCAAAGUUUGCGUUCUUUGCAACCUGAAGCCUGCAACGAUGAGGGGCAUCAAGUCACAUGCCAUGGUUCUUGCAGCCUCCAGUGAUGAUCAUUCCACAGUCGAGUUGGUAGAUCCACCAGAGGCUGCUUGUCUUGGUGAGAGGGUGACAUUCCCUGGGUUCACAGGCGACCCAGAUGAUGUACUGAACCCAAAGAAGAAGAUCUGGGAGACAGUGCAAGUCGACCUAAGAACAGGAGAAGAUCUUGUGGCAUAUUACAAGGAUGUGCCAUUCACCACAUCAGGUGGCGUAUGUAAAGUUUCAUCCAUUCGUUGUGGCACAAUUAGGUAGUUUCAUGGUUGGCAAUAUAAACUACACGUUUUUUCCAGCCAAGCCACUCCUGGAAAUAAGAUUCUCUGCAUCUGGUAUAUAGAUUGAGACUUACAUUAUACUGAAGCAUACAAACCGUUGUAACUUGUAACCUUACUUUGGCCCAUCAUGAUAUAAUAUUAUUAUGGCCGACAAGAAACCAUUUUUAUCUGUACACUAAUAUCUCUGUAUAUAUUUGUGUUAUAUUUCAAAGUGUUCAGACAUAAAUAAAGUCAAUAAACUAAUGUUUUCAA